AUGUUCUCCUCCCAAAGCGGCCACACAUCGAACCAAACACGCGUCGAGACACCUGCUGCCUUGAUCUUUCGUCACCUCCUCAAGGUGAACAAACAUUUUUAUCCCUUUCCCUCAGACUCAGUGGUCAACAUAUUCGAGAACGAGUUGGACAAGACAUACCCAAGGAUGACACCACAAACCGCACAGAAGCGCCAGUAUAGCGCUGCUGAGCUGGCCAUGCUGGAUGAUAUUGGUGCUGGCCGUGUCGAUGAACUCCCCUUACAGGACAGCGGAGCACUUCCUCGCACUGAUGCUGCCAUGAGCAGUAUCGAGAGCGGACGAACCGGUACAAAGAAUAGAUGGAAUCAGGCCAUCGCCGGAGGUGCUUUUGACGACGAUGACGCUGCUGUUGUUGCUGGACAAGAUGAUCUUGCGAGUGGCCAGCUUGCUCGCAUGCGUCGAGCUGCUAAUCUGUCCUACAUGGCAAUCAACAGCGGUCUCGAUUUCAACGAUCGUCGUCUCCGUCAAGAGCGCAAUGGCCAGGUGGCGCCUCGGGCAAGGUUCUCCCAUCCUGGGCGAGCUUCACGGGCUGGCCGUUUUCAUAGCGGAGAUGAACCUGUCGAGCUCCGCGGAUCAUUGCCCAGUAGCCGUCAUGCACCUGUAUCCGCAACUGCGACUACGCCGUCGCCGAGAUCCAACACUCAGCGCCCUGAACGCUUUUCGAUGAAUGGAAUGCCAACUUCCGUUCUCCCUCAGGCUCAAGGAUUGGGCCGAUCUCCCUCCUCUCAAGCCCAGCGCUUGGCUUCAUCUAAGCCACCAGCUGAGCCCACAGCUGUUCCGAUUCCAAGCAUCACUCCACAAGAAGAAGUUCAACAGCCAUCAUUGGCAGUGAAGUUUGAGUUGCCCGACAACUGCUCCAUAUUCUUUGAGGCACCGGCCACUUUUGCUUCACCCACCUUCGUCAACCGAACCGCAGAAUACCCUGGGACGAUGUAUUUGGUCGCUGGACCCGUCACCACCAGCGAUCAAAUUAUCCUUCAUAUUGAUGAAGACCGCGUGGAGGAUGUGAAGCGUCAGACAAAGGAAUACGUUGAUUAUCUAUCGGAUACGGAUAGACUAAUUCUGCAGUUCAAGGACGACUCCGGCCGAAUCACUUGGUUUGUGGUUGUCUUUCGCCAGCGGGAUUCCAUGGUCUCCUUCGUGGAUGCUCUUCGGAAAUUCGUCAACCGCCCGAAGGAAGCAUCCCCAAACCCGGCGACUACGAACACGGGCCAGGUUACCGUCGGUAUCUCUGACGAGCUGAUUGAGCCUGCUCGUCACUCAACAGCUUCGGUCGUCGCAAUACCUCAACAGCAAGAUCCUACUAGAACGAUCUCAGUGGCCAUCCUUGAGGACAUUGUCUCGUGGACAAUGCAUAUUGUUGCCUUCGUUCGGGAUUCUGGCCCUGCUGAAUUAGCAAAUGCCGACGCAUUGCCUGGAAUCAUCCGUGGAGCGUCAGCGGCGGUUUUGUUCGACAAGCAGGCCGGCUUUAGUGAACUCGAUUCGAAGCAGCGCGUUGCCUUUAUUGACGAGGUCUGCGCCCCGCAGGUGUUUGAGAGAUUCAAGCGCCGAAUGCUUGAGGAUGCCGCGAAACGACCACCGACUGAGGCUGAGACAGAAAUUGCGCCUGGUACUCAAAAGUCUCCAGAAAUGCAGGAGACAACGCCCACUGAGCAGCCUCCUCCCACGUACACCAUACAGGAGCUUUUCCAGCUCGAAUCUGCGGCUGAGAGCCCACCAGACUAUUUGACAGAGAUGAGAUACCUACCCGAGAUGACUUCGGCAACUCGAAAUCUGAUCCAGCAGGUCAUUCGACGUGCGAGGAGGAUGGACGAACCCCCCUUGCCAGUGCAGACAUCUCGGACUUCAGAGCGCGCCCCUCCUGAAGCUCUUCGUACGAGCCCAGCGAAUGCAGGAUACGGUUUCGACGGCAAUGUCUCCCCAGCCCGUAGGCGAAUUGUCAACAAUCGUGACGUUGAUGCCCCUGCGAUCACUAUAACCGGCCCGACCGAAACGCCGAAUCCUGAAGAGCCCUUGAUCUGCCUCUCUGGCAAGAUGACUGGACUGAACUCCUCCAGGCACAACAAGAACGGUGUAGAUCGCCUUGGACAGAGCGCCGGACAAUUCACUGGUGCCCUAUCAAGGGAUAAAUCCUAUUUGGAGGAUUUGAUGCUAAUCGAUCGCGUCGAGGAUUUCGACGUGAUCCGGGCCAAUGAUCCUGAGAUUGCCGAGAUUGCCGAUCGGUUUGCGCGAGUCCACUUCGGUGAAGGACCAGCCUAG